UAUUCAGCAACCUAAGGACGCGUCACGCUCCAGCAGUGUAGAUAAAAACUAAAGACACAUUAUGUGAGUGAAUGAACGAAAAUAUUCAGUGCUCCAGACGCGCAUCUGAUCAGCUGAAAGAGACAUUUUGAGUUUUAAUGAACAUGUUUGUGUUCUUGUAGAGUAACUGUCAGAUAUGGAAAAUCAUUAACAGAAGUUAAACUUGGACAAGAUGACGCUGAACGUGUCUGCAGAUGGUCAAAUCAUGGAUUCAUUAUCUCGAACGCUGGAAAAACUGGAAAAAGACAAUAAAAAGAAAGGGUCAGUGAAGCAGGUGCUCUUGGAUGGAUGUGUGCCCUUCUCUCAUCAGGUGGCCGGACAUAAGUGCGGGAUCAAUAACACUGGUGUUCUGCAGCAUCCUGAUGGAACAAUUCUGAAGCAGUUACAACCUCCUCCAAGAGGCCCACGGGAGAUGCACUUCUACACACAGGUAUAUGCUAAAGACUGCACAGAUACAUGGCUACUGGACCUGCAACAACAUCUUCCCAAGUUCUACGGCACAUGGGCGCCACGGGAGUCGCCAAAUGAGCUGUAUCUGAAACUGGAGGAUGUGACGAAGAGGUUCUUACGGCCCUGCAUCAUGGAUGUGAAGAUCGGGAAGAGAAGUUACGACCCGUUUGCGUCACAAGAAAAACGCAAAGAGCAGAUAAGCAAGUAUCCUCUGAUGGAAGAGAUCGGAUUCCUGUUACUGGGAAUGAGGGUGUACCAGAUCAAUUCAGACAGUUACAUUACUCGUGACCAGUUCUAUGGACGCAGUCUUGGAAAGGACACUAUUAAAAAUGGCCUGACUAGAUUCUUCCAUAAUGGUCAAGACUUACAGAGACAUGCAGUUUCCCUGAUCAUCUCUAAAAUCCGAAGCAUUCUCCGCUGGUUUGAGAGUCAAACUCAGCUGCAUUUCUAUGCCAGCUCUCUGCUGCUGGUGUAUGAAGGCUCUCCUCACACAUUUAAUGGAUGGAAACACAAGAAAGCUGAGAAAGGAAGAGAACAUCAGCAGGGGGAGCCACAGAGCAACUGUAACAAACCCCGUGAGGCUCUGAGCGUUCAGGGCAGUUUAACACACAGUCAUCCGUACUGCCAUGAGAGGAACGCUAACGGAAUGUGUGUAGGAAGUGUAGAAGUGGAACAUGAGGAAAUUGGAAUGGGGGAUAAGAAGCAGUUUGGACAGGAGGCAGUGGAGGUGAAGAUGAUCGAUUUUGCUCAUGUUUUUCCCAGCAACAGUCCGGAUGAGGGCUACAUGUUUGGACUGAGGAAUCUUCUCUCAACUUUAGAAGAAAUACUAAAGGAUUGACAUUUGACCUCCUGAGAGAGUCCAUCUCUCUCUCUCUCUCUCUGGUCUGAUAUUUCUCUUUUGUUUUAAAUUAAUUUGGAAAAUGGGGUUAUAUAUUUAUAGGCAUAUUUUUUUUCUUGAUUACAUUUUUUGAUGAACUCUUUUUUUUUUUUUUAGAUAAAAGAGUUCAUUGUACGAUGAAAACAUACUGUAUAUUUUCAGAACUCAAAACCCUAUAAAAAAGGCUGUCAAGGCUGUCAACAACUAAAUAAUUUACUAAAAUUAUUUAGACCUCAGGGAGAAAAAUCAUAAUAAAAUAAUUAUGAUUAUUUUAUCAAAACACA